CCCGCCGCGAUGGCCAGCCUCAUCGCGAUACUCGACCUCAAGGGCAAGCCCCUCAUCCAGCGCUCGUAUCGCGACGACGUGCCCGCGUCUUACGUCGAGCGCUUUCUCCCGCUGGUGCUCGACCUUGAAGAGGAAGGCCAGCAGGUGACGCCGUGCAUCUCCGCGCAGGGCAUCAACUAUAUGCACAUCCGACAUUCGAAUCUGUACCUCCUCGCCCUUUCCAAGCGCAACUCAAAUGCAGCCGAGAUCAUCCUCUUCCUCCACCGCCUCUCGCAGGUGCUCGUCGAGUACUUCAAGGAGCUCGAGGAGGAGUCGAUCCGCGACAACUUCGUCAUCAUCUACGAGCUGCUCGACGAGGUCAUGGACUUUGGCUACCCGCAGACGACGGAGAGCAAGAUCUUGCAAGAAUACAUCACCCAAGAAUCGCACAAGCUCGAGAUCCAGGCGCGCCCGCCACCCGCGGUCACGAACGCGGUGUCGUGGCGCACGGAGGGCAUCCGCUACAGGAAGAACGAGGUGUUCUUGGACGUCAUCGAGAGCGUCAACUUGCUGGUAAACGCGUCCGGCAACGUCGUCCGCUCCGAGAUCCUCGGCGCCGUCAAGAUGAAGUGCUACCUCUCGGGCAUGCCCGAGUUGCGGCUGGGCCUGAACGACAAGGUCAUGUUCGAGAGCACGGGGAGGACCGCGCGCGGGAAGGCGAUCGAGAUGGAGGACGUCAAGUUCCACCAGUGCGUGCGCCUCUCGCGCUUCGAGAACGACCGGACGAUCAGCUUCAUCCCGCCCGACGGCGAGUUCGAGCUCAUGAGCUACCGGUUGAGCACGCCGGUAAAACCGCUGAUCUGGGUCGAGGCCGCGAUCGAGUCGCACAACGGCUCGCGCGUCGAGUACGUCGUGAAGUGCAAGGCGCAGUUCAAGCGGCGGAGCACGGCGAACAACGUGGAGAUCUACGUCGGCGUGCCGGACGAUGCGGACAGUCCGCGGUUUAGGGCAUCGACCGGCACCGUCACCUACGCGCCCGACAAGUCCGCCUUCGUGUGGAAGAUCAAGCAGCUCGGCGGCGCGCGCGAGUUCCUCAUGCGCGCGCACUUUGGGCUGCCGAGCGUGCGGGGCGAGCAGGACCAGGCGUACAAGCGCGCGCCGAUCACGGUCAAGUUCGAGAUUCCGUAUUUCACGGUGUCGGGGAUUCAGGUGCGCUACUUGAAGAUCGUCGAGAAGAGCGGGUAUCAGGCGCUGCCGUGGGUGCGGUACAUCACGCAGAACGGGGACGACUACAGCUUGCGAACAGCGUUGGAGAAGGGCGCGGCGCCGAUAGUGCCGAUGUAGGCUGAGCGUUGGGGAGGACUUGAACACGAGCAUUGGGGAGGACUUGAACACGAGCAUUGGGGACGACUCGGGCACGAGCGUUGGGGACAACUCGGGCACGAGCGUCAGCACAGCAUGCGUUCGAGAGAUGUGCAUAGAGCUGUACAUCGCUAGGGUGCAUAACGUUGUACAUGGCGCCGCGCUGGGCCGGGCGCUUCGAUGUGCAUGGAUGUACUCUCGAACGGGAAGUAAUGACUAUAAUUACGCUUUGCAUACGGGGCUCGCC